AUGGCCGAGCUACAAAAAUGGUUAGACGAGAGACUGGCUCAUCAGGAGGAGAGACAAUUCGCGUGGCUAGAGCAGGUGGCACAGAGGACAGACCAGAACAUGAACAUUGUGCUCACCACUAUCUCUACCAUCCUCAAUCAGUUGCACCAGCAUCAAAAGGAAGAUCAUGUGGUGGAAACAGCUAUAGAUCCGGAUGAUCGUGAAGUGUCUACCGCUGCUACUCCAGAUGAUCCUGGUCUCACUACUUCACAAGCUAAGGAUGAUCCUGGUCUCACUACUUUGCAAGCUCGGGAAGAUCCUGCGGUGGCUCCUGCUCCUGGUCUCGCUACGUCAGAAGGCUCUCCUACACCUGCUCCUGGUCUCGCUACAUUGGAAGGCUCUCCUGCACCUGCUCCAGGUCGAACUAUGUCGGAAGGCUCUGCUCCACCUGCUCUUGCUGCAGCUACGUUGGAAGGCUCUGCUGCACUGGCUACUGCUCCAACUACUUCGGAAGGUUGUGCUGCACCUGCUACUGCUGCUGCUCCUCCACCAAAUAAUCAUGUAUCUCUAGCUCUUGAUGACCCUCUUCUGUCAACCAAUCCUGCUACGUUGGCACAUUCUUUGAAUCCCAAUGACAAAGAGGUUUUAACUAUUGCUGAUCUGAUGGAGUUUGUACCAGAGUUGGAUGAGUCUUAUAACUGGUCUGGUACCAAUGGGCUGCAGAAUGACCAAGCGGAUAGGAUGGCAUGUCGUCUUCAAGUUGCGGAUGAAGCUAGAUCAUCUAAGUUCUCUAGGGGCGUUGAAGACUCGGAUUUCCAAGUGUUUGAGUCAACGGAGUGGAUUAAGAUUAUGGAUACAUGCAGGAAUACAGGAGUGGAAGGGUCUAGUCUUCCACCACCCAAAAAGGAGACUUCUCCGACCUCGCCAUCAUGUAAUGAGUGA